AUGUCUUCUUCGUAUUCAUUAAGCUCGGUUGCUGGUGAUGAAAAAUACGAGUCCGCUGCUGAAUCGCUCGCUCAGAACGGCGAGGCGGAAAUCGAUUCAAUUCCAACUCAUACGGGAAACAAAGAAAAUGACUGGGAUGUGGAGCAGUUCCAGCAGUACAACUUUGGUGAAAAAUCAAUUAAUCCUGCUCUCGAUGACAAGGAUGUUCCGCCCUCUUUUGAUCAAAACGAUCUGAACCGCGAGCUUACAAGAGUCACAACCAACCUUUCGAGACUAUCGAGAAGAUUGAGUGGAAACCACACAAUACAGUCGCGCGACGAAGAUGAUACAACAGGCGAGAAAUCUGAUCUUAAAUCCGAAUCCAAUCAAAAGGACACAGAGCCUGAAGACGAAGAGGGUUUGGAUCCACGGGCAAUGCAAUGGGACAACGAUUCUGAUCCUGAUAACCCACUCAAUUGGCCUAACUGGAAAAGAUGGGCCGUCACCAUGACCAUCGCAUUUCUGUGUCUGGUGAUCACCAUUGGAUCGUCGAUUUACGUGGAUGCCAUUCCUGAGAUGAUGACCAAAUGGGGGAUUUCGCAGACUCUGGGAUUGUCUGGACUGACGUUCUAUCUUGUGGGUCUGGCUUUUGGACCAACAAUCGCCGCUCCUCUCUCUGAGAUUUUCGGUAGAAAGAUCAUCUACUGUGCCACGCUCCCAAUUAGUAUGCUCUUCACCAUGGGUGUUGGUUUGUCCAAGCAUAUCAGAGAAGUUUUGGUUCUUAGAUUCUUUGCUGGAUUGACUGCAUCCGCUGCAUUGGCUAUUGGUGGUGGAACUAUCACCGACGUUUGGAGACCACACGAGCUUGGCUUGGCCAUGACGCUGUUCUGUAUGGCUCCAUUAGCUGGUCCAGUUAUUGGACCAAUUAUCGGUGGAUUUGUCGCCCAAAACAAGGUUUCCAGCAGACUCGAUAGAGUUGGAGGCCUCAGAUGGACUAUGUGGGUUCAAUUGUUCUUUGCUGCUGCUGCAUUCAUUCCUGUUUACGUCUGUCCCGAGACUUACAAAGCCAUCAUCAUGAGAAAGAGAAUUAAGAAGAGAGGUCUCAAGAUGAAGAAAGGAAUCCCACUUGGCCAGUUCUUGAUGCUGAUUGUGUUCAUCACUCUGCUUAAGCCGGUCGAAAUGCUUUUUGUUGAGCCAAUUGUGCUUGUCUUCUCCAUCUACACUGCCUUCAUUUUUGCAGUGCUGUUUGGGUUCUUUGAAGCGUUCCCAGUGAUUUUUAGAGGAGAGUACCACAUGACGCUUGGAAUCUCCGGUCUCCCGUUCUUGGGCGUGGGUCUGGGUAUUUUCAUUGGUGCUGCAACCUACGUCUACAUCGACAAGCGUAUUUUCUUCAAAAAAUGGUCUGAUGGAUACAUUGGAAUGAAGGACAAAAAUGGUAACAAGUUGCCACCAUCUCCAGAAUCGAGAUUGCUUCCUUGCAAAAUUGGGGCUGUGGCCAUGCCUCCUGCUCUUUUCUGGCUCGCAUGGACCGGAAGAUCAUCGGUUCACUGGAUGGCUCCGAUUGCCGCAGGUGUUCCGUUUGGAUUCUCGCUGAUCCUGAUUUUCUUCUCCAUCUUGACAUACUUUAGCAUGUCGUAUCCACCGCUUUCUGUUGCUUCCGCCUUGGCUGCUAAUAAUUUCCUCAGAUACGUCAUGUCAUCAGUGUUCCCUCUGUUCACCGUUCAAAUGAUGGAGAACCUCCAUGUUUACUGGGGAGUCUCUGUGUUUGCAUUCAUUUCGCUUGCCCUAGCUCCGGUUCCAUGGCUCUUCACUGUCUGGGGUCCAAGACUUAGAGAGAGAUCCAAGUACGGAUUUGCUGCAGAGCAAAAACAGAAGCAAGCCGCAACACAAUCAGACGUUUAA